AUGGCUCCCGAUCUCCCUCCCGACCGUCGACCCAUCGUCAUUUCCGGCCCCUCGGGGGUUGGCAAGGGCACCCUCUACAAGCUCCUCUUCAGCCGCCACCCCGACACCUUCACUCUCUCCGUAUCCCACACAACGCGAAGCCCUCGGCCGGGCGAGCAGCAUGGCGUCGACUACCACUACGUCAGCAAGGAGACAUUCCUUGACCUGGUAGCCAAGGGUGGAUUCGUCGAGCACGCCCAAUUCGGCGACAACCUGUACGGCACGAGCAAGAUGACCAUCGAGGAGCAGACAGCCAAGGGCAAGGCGGUGGUCCUGGACAUCGAGAUGGAGGGCGUGAAGCAAGUGCAGAAAAGCUCCAUCGACGCCCGAUACGUGUUCAUCGCGCCGCCGUCCGACGAGGAACUCGAGCGCCGGUUACGCGGCCGGGCGACCGAGAAGGAGGAGUCGAUUCAGAAACGCCUCGCGCAGGCCAAGAAAGAAAUUACCUACGCCAAGACCGGCGUGCAUCAUACUAUUAUCGUCAACGACGACCUGGAGAAGGCGUACAAGGAGUUGGAGGAAUUCGUCUACGCCCCGGUUUCUUCAUGA